GUUAGGAUGGCUUAUAGAGGUAGCAAGGAUCGAGAUAUGGGGGAGUGGAACGACGGUUAUCCUCUCGAGACCGCCCAUCCAGGCCCCCCCUCUUACCCGAUGACGCACUCGUACAGCAACCCUCAGCUUCAAUCCCCAGGUCAGGUUCCAGGUCAAAUGAUAAUGCAAGGUCAAGGACAAUAUGGUUACCCACAGGGACCUGUUCUUAUGCAGCAACCACAGCCUAUGACCGUGGUCAUCCAGCAAGGUGGUCAGCAAGUUACCCCGUCCAAAAGGCAGUGGAAGUCUGGACUGUGCGGUUGUUGCAGCGACAUGGGAGUGUGUUGCGCGGUAUACUGGUUGGGAAAUUGGGAACCUUGCUACUUGGCCUACUUGUCAAGCAGAAUGGGCGAGAGUUGCUGCGUGGGGUGCUGCGUCCCAUUUGCCUUGAUAACCAUGAGAACAGCUAUGCGAGAGAGAUACAAUAUCCAGGGAAGUAUUUGCGAUGAUUGCAUGGCUUCCUUGUGCUGCAUGCACUGUGUCAUGUGCCAGUUGCAGAUAGAGAUGAGUAAUGUGGGCCUCUAAGCACUACCAGAAUAUCUCACGGAUGGGUUUCGACAUGGAUAUUGCGGAAAAAUCAUUUGAAGCGUCCGUUUAAAGAACAAAUGCUAUCUUUUUAAAAAAAGUUUACUUAUUGCUUCUGCCUUGGAUGUUGUAGAGAAAAUUCUGUUGAAGCAUCUGACUUGUAAGCAACUGCUUAUGGCUUCCGUCUUGUGUAUUUGCAACUUGUCGACGCACUUUUACGUUUGACUGUGCGUUCAUUAGACGUCACAAUGGCAUUUCAACAUUAAAAAUAAAUCCUGAGUCAACCGUUUAAUUUACCGAUUAGGGGUUACGUCAUCCCAUAUACGUUAAUUGCGCUUAUGUAUUACAAAACAGGUUUACACAUCCCCCUUUUGAUAAAACAUUGCAUUAAAAGUAUUUGUGUA